AGACGUGGAAACGCUGCAGAAGAGGAGGGGAUAAGGACACCCUCAGCAACUUUGUUCGCCGCUCCGGUGAUAUCCAUUUCCGGCGGUUCUAACAUCUCCGCAAAACAGUUCACCUUCUCUUCAGCUGACAGUUCUUCAGUUCCUCAUCAAGGCAUAUGGACAUCAGUAACAGCCACAACAACAGCAUUUUGUGGUUCUUCAAGCACAAAGGCUUCGACGAGAAAGGUAUUAACGAAAUCUUCAGAAAGUGCAAGCGACUCGAAUGUGUCCAAAAAGAAAACUUGUCUGCAAACUGGGAUUACUUGAAAAGCAUCGGCAUCCAUGAAAGAAAGCUUCCUUCCAUCGUCACAAAAUGCCCUAGAAUCAUGACUCUUGAUUUAAACGAAAAGCUCGUCCCCAUGGUCCAAUGUCUAGCAACUCUAGGAACAAAACCAGAUGAAGUUGCUUCUGCCAUAACCAAAUUCCCUCAUAUCUUAACCCACAGUGUGGAAGAAAAGCUUUGUCCCCUUCUGGGUUUCUUCGAGUCACUCGGUGUCUCCGGAACUCAACUUGGUAAGAUGAUUCUCCAUAACCCACGAAUCAUCAGUUACAGCAUCGACACAAAGCUUUCUGGAGUAGUUGACUUUCUUGCUAGUAUCGGUUUGACCAAAGAAGGGAUGAUUGGUAAAAUCUUGGUUAAGAACCCAUCCAUAAUGGGUUACAACGUUGAAAAAAGAUUACGACCCACCACUGAGUUCUUGCUUUCUUUAGGUAUAACGAAACCGGAUCUUCAAAAAGUAGCAGUUAACUUCCCGGAAGUCUUGUGUCGAGAUGUCGACAGGAUUUUGAGACCGAAUCUGGAUUACCUCAAAACUCGUGGGUUUGAUUCUCAGCAGAUAGCAACUUUAGUGGCCCGUUAUCCGCCUAUUUUGAUCAAGAGUGUUAAGAACUCAUUAGAACCAAGGAUUAGGUUUUUGGUAGAGGUAAUGGAUCGACGAAUUGAGGAAGCUGCGGCUUAUCCUGAGUUUUUUCAGCACGGUUUGAAAAAGCGGCUAGAGAAGCGGGAAAAGCUUUUGAAACAGAGGAACAUUUCUUGCAGUUUGAGUGAAAUGUUGGAUUGUAAUCAUAAAAAGUUUCUUUCCAGGUUUGAUUUGGUUGAGAAAUUUGUUUAAGGUACUUCUCAUACUCCCUUCUGAUGUAAUAUUAUGAUUCAAUUCAGUGUUUUAACUUUCAGAUCUUAUUUG